UGCCACAGGUCGCCAGUGUAACCUUGGAAAGCGUUGCGUGUGGUUGUGCAUCCCAAAGUUCCUUUCCUCUUUCGCGUCUGGUUUGCAGUUACGGGACUACUACAUUAUUCUCCUGCCAGCGCGUGAGUUUCGGAUUUUCCCGUGCGGAUAAGAGACGAUCAAGGAAAUUAGCGACACUGUAAAGAUAGGGGCGUCGUUCAUGAAGCAAUCAUAUGGAUCAUUUCGUUGUUAUGUGAAGGUGAAUUUCACGAUAACCGUCAACAUGUGAAGUGACGAGUUCGGCUGGCGUCAUGUUCGAAAUGAACUUGGAGGGAAAACCAACUUGCUUGACGUAACUGGUGUAAUGCAACUCACACUCAUUCCUCAAGUGAUUGUUCUUUUACCCAAAACGACGUGAAGAAACGACAGAAGGGAAGGGGACGUCAGAAAUAGCAAAUUUACGAAGCCGAAGCCAACCGUCGUCAUGGGGUGCGGACUCAGUUCGGAGGCCGCCGCUGGUGUCUCUAUUCCGGCGAAUCCCGAGGAAGCCCUGGAGCAGGCUCUCAGGAAGGGCGACCUCCAGGCCCUAGAGGCAGCCCUGCAGACGCCCUUAAAUGUCAACGCCCCCCUCAAGGACGACUCCGGCCGCGAGUCUUCUGCCCUGCACAUGGCAGCCAGAAUGGGCAGCUCUAGAGCGCUGGCUAUACUGCUGAGGGCCUCGGCAAACCCAAAACUCGUAGACGACGAAGGCAGGAGCGCCCUUCACUGGGCUGCCCAACGUGACAGUCCGGAGUGUGUGUCUGUCCUCGCUAGGGGAGGCGCCGAAGUAGACCUGCAGGCCAAGGACGGCUCGACGCCCCUGAUCUGCGCCAUCCUGGAAGACGCAAACGACGCCGUCCAUACGCUUAUCCAGGAGGGUGCUUGCGUCAACGUCAAGGAAGGCACGUCCAUGGAAGCCCCAUUGGUCACGGCUGCAAGGACUAAUAACGUAGCGGCCGUCAACAUCCUUCUCAUGGCCGACGCCAACCCGGUGGGCCUAAUGAUUCCGGUCAGCGCCAGCGGCGAAAGCAUCGACUUCCUGACCUGGGCCACCCGCAACCGGUACAUGAGUAUCGAGGAAAAGAUCCUCGAGAAGGUGAACCAGCACAAAGAGGAGAACGCCGUCGCCAGCGAAGAGAAUCAGGUAAACGAAAUGGAAGCUUUAAAUAAUAAACUGAAUGAGGAAGCCUCCCAGGGCAAGGAGGAGGAGCAAGAGGGCGACGGAGAAGCCGCCCGAGAAGACGGGGACGGCGCCGAAGAUGUGGGCGAGGCGGCGGACGAAGCGGCCGGUGAGGCGGCCAACGCCGACGAAGGCGGCGAAGGGGAGGCAGCCGCUGACGGAGACGCCGAACAGAGAGAAGAUGGCGAAGGGGGCGAGGAAAACGCCGACGGCGGGGAAAACGAGGGAGGCGAAGGGGAGAACGGAGAGGGUGAAAAUGGCGGGGCGGACGGAGCCGAGGAAGGUGGCGCAGAGGACGAUGCUGGCGAAGAUGGAGGAGAAGGUGGUGGAGAGGAAGGUACUAAUGGUGGUGAAGGAGAGGCAGCUGACGAAGAGGGUGGCGAAGAAGGGCCAGCAGCCGAUGGUGAGGGGGAAGAUGAAGACGCAAAGGGCAAGAAAGACAACGAGGAAAAUGCCGAUUAGUCUCGAAUGUGGGUUAUUCUCACCAGAUGGGAACCCGUGAACAAAGACGUUCGUAAGAGAAUGAAGAAACUACCUUUUAUUGCAGUACUCAAGAGUUUAAGGAAAAGAUAUUUUUAUAAUGGACUAGAUAUCCUUCGUUGUUUUACCCUAGACUCAUAUUUCUUUUCAAUUUACCGUAAGAAGUAAGUCUCUCUCUCUCUCUCUCUCUCUCUCUCUCUCUCUCUCUCUCUCUCUCUCUCUCUCUCUCUCUCGGGGCAUGAACUCUAGGGAUAUUAUGGAGUCUUUGGGUUGGCAAAUAGAAAGGCAGAAAUUUGAGUUCAAAUUGCGCUUCUUGCGUAGUCUUGUAUAGGUCCACUUCAAUAUUUGAUAUUAAAGUGUCAUAUCCGAUUUUGUAAUGACCUUGCUGAUUUUCCAAAGUAAGUCACAUGGUAUAGCGUCCAUUUUUUCUUUAUUGCCUACAAAGCUAUGAUGCAUGUCGAAUCCAGUGAUUAAUGUGACGCGUUCGUACUUUUUGCAUAAGUGACAUUUAGACUCAUUUUAAAUCGGAUGAGGCGGAUUAGUGCAACAUUACUGUAAGUAUUUUGAAAUCCCUUCUGGCUUAUGAGCUAUGACUGUAUUGCUGCCAUUUUUAAGAAGUUUUUAUAUAAGAAUAAUUCAUUCGUUAUUUUUUAUGGUCUGCACAAACGAAGAUAAUUGACAAGUGCUGAUACCGGCAUCGUAACUCGCUUCAUUUAUGUAUUGAAAACCGUCGAUAUUUAUAACUUUGUCACUAUGAUCCGUCACUGGAAGCUUCUUCGUUUAUCAACAUGAAAACGAGAGGAAGGAGUCUUACCUGUGGUCAUCUGUCGUUUGUCUCUGAAAGGAUCAUAUUUCAAGCUUUGGAAAUCGAGUUUUCUCAACUGUCAUUCAUGUUUUGUGAUUUAGUUAAUAUAAGCCUAUUUCAUACGACUAGUAGGUACCUACUAUUAAGCCACCCAAUAAGGACCAGGAAUAGGCCUAGAUCUUUGUGCCCGGCUUAUAUGUGAAAAGUUUAUUUUAACUUGACAUUACUGCCAGAUUUAACCAAGUGUAUGAAAGACUUAUGGCGCGUUCACAACUGGGUUUUCUCCUAACCAGAGCGCGAAGAGUUCGUUAGAGAAAAUUUUGAUUAACUCGAACGGUGGUUGCUGUGAUGUUGGUUGUAAUAUAAUGUAAGCAAUUCGUCUAUGAAUAAGUUAACACAAUCUCUAAACACUGCUGUUAUUCUCUUUGAUCAGGCAGGUGAAAUUCGGUUACUGCCCUAUUCCACCUGGUGUACAUACACCCAGAUUAUAAAUUUUGUCAGAGAUUCAGGCUAUUUUUUUCAACAAUUCAUAAUUUCAUCCGUAUAUGGAAUGAACGUCUUAUUCCACAAUACAACUUGACGACACAAAUCAAGAUUCUAGUAAAUGUACUAGAAAUUUUGACAGAAUUCAUAAUCUGAUAACAUGACACAUUCAAGACUUUCCUCUGUUUUUGCUCUAUGUUUUGUAUCUGAAUAUAAACGAAAAUGGACAUGUCUCUCUUUGGAAGAGGUGAGACCAAGAAGUGACUUUGGAACGGACUGGAAGGAAGCCAACCAGUUUAUCUUUCACGAAAAAGAAAAAAGAAAAGGGGGAGAUUGGUGAAUCUCCGUUUUAAAGUGUCAUGUGGCUGUUACAUAAGUAAUCCCGUCUACGUACUGCUACCACUACUAUUAGUACUGCCUCGAAUAGUGUUCGUGUAUAGCCGUUUCAAAGACAAAUGCCAACACGUACUACUACUGUGGAAGGACAACCAAGUGACUGUGAACAGUCUUUUUGAACAGAAAAAGAAUGAAAGAGCUCAACAAUUAAAAAUAACUCAAGAUUAAGAGGCGCCGUUGUAAAGGCAUUGCCUCGACAAAUAACCAUCAAUAGUAACUGUGAACUCUCCUCCUCGUCCUAUAGUGGUAUCGGACAGUGUAAGUGUGCCUGGUGUACUUAGGCCUACGUGUGGAAAGGUACUUAAAAGUGUUUUGAUAAAGUUUCCUUUUAAUGUAAUCCAGUUUUAGUGAAUAUAGUUACCUAGUCCUUUUUUCUUUUCUAUAUUUCAAAGUGUGAGCAGAUGACGAGAUGAACGUUUUUACCAUAAAAUGGUUUGAAUAAGACUUACUUUUUUCAGAUAACAUUUUUUUUUUUGUCAUACAUAAUUGCCAUAGACCGUAGUUUGUAAUGAAAAAAAUCAUAGUUUUGCAACAAUUACUCGGAAAUGUUGUACACUAUUGAAAAAUAAUAAAAAUACACCCUA